AUGCAUCCCUAUCAUGGAGAUUGGAGAAUUGGCAUCCUUUGUGCCGUGCCAUAUCAGAAUAGGUCUUCCUCUUUCUCGGCUACUGGUGACUCACUGCUCCCUUCCUUCGAGACUUCACUCUUCGCCUCAACCUUACCUUCCCCACGUUCUAGCUCCAACCAGGUGUCAAUCCGCUUCUUCACCCGGCCCAGACGGCGCGAUAAAGCGACCAACGCCCACCAGCGCAUCCGUGAAGACCCUGAAGCCCCUGGGACAGAGCUCGCCACCACCGCCGCGACGCGCCUGUAUUUCACCACAUCAUGUACCCCCGCCUCCCCAGCGGCGCCCUUGCAAGCAUGCCGACUGCAGACAUCAUCUCCUUCGGCAGCUUAUACGCACACGCUGAAGCAUACGGCCUACCCCCGAGUCUCUUAUGAUCGCAAACUGCUUCAGCUUCACGUGCUCCGCGGACGCUCGCACAUCAGCCGGUCAAUCUAUGAUCCGUCGUCCGGGCUGAAAGGUCGAGAGGCCGAAUCCCGGACGGUCGAGCAACAGGACGCGGAUGCGGCGUCGGCGGGUGAGCUUGUCGAUGACAUGCGGUUCGAGGCGGGGGGAGGGGAAGCCGUGGAAGUAGAUGACGGGGAAAUCAUUGAGGUGGCCGAAUCCGCCAUAGCCUAG